AUGGACACCUCGGGUGAGCGAGCGCGGCAGGGCGCGCCCAACGAAUGGGCGCAGCGCGCGCGCUCCCUCGGGAACACCGUUAGGGAUGGAGUGCGACCCCUCCGCGCGCAGCUCGCGCGGAUCAGGGAGCGCGCGUCGGCGGCCGCGCGCGGGCCCGCGGUCGCGAGCCUCACCGCCGCCACCGGCGUCGGGUCGGGCCCCGCGUCGUCGCCGGGAUCCUCGAGGCCGAUCGGGCUCAUCGGCGCGGGAAUGGCGUUCGUCGCCCGCCCGUCGAUCGCCCAAAUCGCCGACGCCGGGUCUUCGAGCGACGGCAACCCCGCCUCCGCGGGAGACGACUCCCGGCCCAUCCUCAUCUCCUCCGUGGAAUUCGACGCCGAGGACCCGGACCUCGCGCAGCUCGCGCGAUCCGUCGUCACCAUCCGCCCGAACUUCUCCUACACCGUCGCCGACAUCAGCGCCGACGUCCGGAGGAUCUUCAGCACCGGGUUGUUCGAAGCGGUCGCCCCGGAGUCGGUGGACACCCGCGACGGGGUGUCCCUCAAGUUCAAGCUCGUCGCGAACCCCGUGGUUCGGGCCGUGGUGCUCCGCGGGGCGUCCCAGCUGCCCGUCACCGUCAUACAGAGCGUGAUAAAGCCGCAGAUUGGCAAGGUGCUCAACACCAACGCCAUGGUCGCCGCCGUGCACGAGAUGCAGGAGUGGUACAACGACAAGAAAGUCGCGCACGAGUUCGUCAACGUGGGCAUCUCCGCCGACGGCAUCAUCGAGCUGCAGGUGCAGGAACCGAGGAUCGGGAACGUCGAGGUCCGUUUCAUCGACCGCAAGACCAGGGAGCCGUGCGAGGGGCAGACCAAGCCGGCGUACAUAUUCCGCCAUCUCAAGAACAUCAGGCCCGGAGCGACGCUCUCCGGCCGCAUGUCCGAGGACAUCACGGACCUCACCAACACGAGCGGGCUCGAGAACGUCAACGUGCAGUUCUCGCAGAGGCUGCACGCGGUGGACGGCUCGCCGAUCAUGGACGCCAUCGUGAACGUCACGGAGAAGCAGAAGGCGGGAUUCAGCGGCGGCGGCGGCAUCAGCGCGAAGGGCCUGCAGGAGGGCGGCAUGUCCGCGCUCGUAGCCAACGCGGACUACUACAGGCGAAACCUGUUCGGCAAGUGCCAGAACCUCACCGCGAGGGUGGAGCUGUCCCCGUCGCCCGGUGGGGGUAAGCCCGACGUCGACGUCAAGCUGUCGCACACGGAUCCGUGGAUCGGCGAUUCGCACAGGACCUCCCGCCGAGUCUUCCUCGACAGCGACAGCACGUCCCUGGAGCCCAUCCACGCCAAGGCGGAGCCCACGGACGACAACCAGGACGUCGACGACGUCGCCGCGGCGGGAGACGGCCCCAAGGCUCUGUACGUGCGCAAGGUCAUCUCCGGCGUCGAGUACCGAAGGCCGCUCGCCGCGUCCUGGACCGGCACCCUCUCCGCGACGUAUCAGAGGGCGUACACGCACGACGACCUGAAGCAGACGUGCCUCCACGACGCGUACAACUCCCCGCUCACGUUCAGCGGCCUCCCGCACGACACCACGUUCAACGUCCUCUCGAGGUUCGUGUACGAGGGCAGGGGUAAGGACGAGGCGCUCCUGGUGCUCACCGCGGAGCAAGCCGUGCCGGUGACCGCGGAUAUGCUCUGGUUCAACCGAGUCGUGGUUCGCGCCAGGCGGAAGUUUCACGCCAUGGGAGCCACGCUGGAGGUGGCGGCGAAGGGCGGGAACAUCAUCGGGGACCUGCCCCCGUACGAGGCGUUCCAGAUCGGCGGCGCCAACUCCGUGAGGGGGUACCCCGAGGGCGGGGUGGGCACGGGUCGCAAGUUCAUCGUCGGCUCCGCCGAGCUGUCGGUGCCGCUCGCGCCCGAUCAGUUCGACGGGUACGUGUUCUUCGACAUCGGCAGCGACCUGAAGAGCGGGUCGCAGGUGCUGGGGGAUCCGGCGCAGGCGAGGGGCAAGCCCGGACAAGGGUACGGGUACGGCGCGGGGAUCGCGAUGCACACGCCGGUGGGUCCCAUCAGGUUCGAGUACGCCGUCAGCGAAAAGGGAGCCGGUCGAAUGCACUGCGGGCUCGCGAGGUCAUUCUGAUGA